AUGGACACGGUGCCCGUCACGACCAUCUCUGACGUAUGUGGGGCUCGCCGAUCCGCCCGACUGGCGGGGGGCGGUGGUGGACGGACGUGGGGCUCCGACUGGACGGUGUAUAGCGACGAAAACGACUGCGACGACGACAGCGACAGCGACAGCGGGCUUGGGGGCCGUGGAGGCGCCGCGCGGGGGGCGCGGCGCGGCGCGGGGAGCGUCCUGGGGAGCUUUGCGAGCCUGCGGGGGGCCGUGACGUCCCGCUUCAAGGGCGUGUCGCGGCACAGCCUCACGGGCCGGUGGGAGUCUUCGCUGUGGCUCAAGGGGCGCCAGGUGUACCUCGGCGGGUUCAGCACCGAAGAGGGCGCGGCGCGCGCGUACGACGUGGCCGCCCUCGUCCUGCGCAGCGGCCGCGUGGCCACCAACUUCCCUUCGGAGCAGCACGCCGAGGCCGUGCAGCAGUUGUCAGGCCUCCCGCACGAGCUCGUCGUCGCGGAGAUCCGCCGCCGAUCCUCGGCGUUCGCGCGCGGAAAGAGCAAGUUCCGGGGCGUGUCGGGAGGGGAUAGGAGGUGGGAGGCGAGGGUGGGAUGCUUUUUGGGGUGGAAGAACACAUCGUUCGGUGCCUUUUCAAGCGAGGAGGAGGCCGCGCGUCUGUACGACCGCGCCCUGCUGGUGACCCGCGGCCCGACGGCGAUGACCAACUUUGCGCUGUCGGAGUACCAGGCCGAGGUUGCGGCAUACAAGCGCGCCCUGAUGGCAACCUACGGCGUCGACACAGGCCCGCGCAUCGCUCCGCUUGCGACGACUCUGGCGCUGCCGUACGACAUCAACGUCAUCGACAGCAGCCGGAGCGCACCGACGCCGCGCACGGGGGGCGUGAGCGCAGACGAGAUGCGCGGGGAGCCCGCCAGCGCGUCGGGCCUUGGCCCGUGCAUGGACGCGGCGCACCCGCGCGCGGCGGCACUGCGGCGCGGUGACGAGCUCGACGAGCUGUGCGCCGGGCUCGCGAAGAAGGGCCGCGCGACGGUGCUGCUGGCGGAACAGCUGCGGCGCGCCCUGGAACGUGGCGCGCCCAAGUGA